AUGAAAACUACUACUGAGUGGACACAUGUUCCUGCACCAGCCGCACCGAUCGACCCCUCAUACAGACCCAAGACGAGCAUAGUGACUGUUCCUGCGACUGCAUCAGUGGACUAUAUUCUGGGCGUCAUUGCGCGGGAUGGCGGUGUGAUAAUCAGUGAUUUAGUCUCAAAGGACAAAAUGGUCACAAUUGAAGAGGAACUGAAAGCCUGGAAAGAAAAUAAAUCUGACCAGGCAUCAAAUGACACGAGAUCCGGUGACGCCUUUCACAUUAUCCCGUCUCAAACUACUCUGAUUCCAGGUCUGGUCGGAAAGUCUGACACGGUCUCUGAGAUCUGCGAGCAUCCAUUGUUGGAUAGUCUUCGGGAAAAUAUUCUGCUUGAGAAAUAUACCGUCUAUCGCGAGGACUGGGUAGAGCCUAUCAGGAUUGACCCUUUGCUUAGUCUGAGUCUCUCUAUGAAUAUUGGGUAUGGGGCUCCCAGGCAACGUCUUCAUCGAGAUGAUAAUAUUCAUCGCAUCCGGCACUCUGGGCCUGAGGAUUGGAGUUUCCAAAGUGUUAGUCAAUUUGGGUGCUUGAUUGCCGGUUGUGAUGUUACUAGAGAGAAUGGUGCGACAAUGUUCGUUCCUGGAAGUCAUAAAUGGAACGAUCAUCGCAUGGCGACGGCGGAUGAAGUCUGUUUUGCUGAGAUGAAAGCCGGUUCUGCUCUGAUCUUCCUUGGAUCUUCUUUCCACGGCGGGGGCCACAACUCUGUCCCAGACUCGAUUCGCACUAUGUAUAGUUUGUUCUUUGUCAGGGGAAUUUACAGAACUGAAGAGAAUCAGUUUCUGACGGUGCCUCGUAACAAGCUAUUGAAAAUGAGUCCGAAGAUGUUGCAGCUUCUGGGCUAUACGAAGCCUUCGAUGGCUAUUGGGCUUGUGGAUAAUAGGAGCCCUGACGAGGACGUGGAUGGAAUUUUGCAGAGACUUGUGCUGUAG